CGAUUCCAAUCCAAUCCAAUAAAAAAUAUUUUUUGUGAAAGCGUAGCUCCCAAGAAUCUACUGCGUCUCAUUACAAAUUUGUUUUAAAAGAAAAUUUCAAUUUAUUUUAACAAAAGAUGUACAUGAACUCUUGAGUGGGUGAAUUUUUUAAAAAUUAUUACAAUUUUCAGAUACUACAAAGUUUAAAAUUGGCAAAGAUGGUGUCAACGAGGCAGAUGAGUAGUGUGGGUGGUGGUAAUGGGAGCGGCGACGGGUCGGGUCCGUCUCAUGCGGAGCCCGUGGCGGUGUCCCGCGUGACACGCCACUCGAGCGCUUUGAUGCCCGGGGGCUCCUCGCCACACGCCAGCACCUCUAAAUGCAACGCCAUAGUUCCAGCUCCCAAGACCUACACUACAAAUAUAUUAGAUCUGCCUGUUGAAGUGAUUGAGAAGAUUUUUUUCUACCUGGGAUUUAAAACAGUUUCACAACUGAGAAUGGUCAAUCGUCAGUUCAAUACAGUAUGUAGUACUAUUUUAAAUUCUACAUUUCAACGUCUACAAAAUCAGAUGUUACAUAGAUUUCAAUCAAUUAAAGCUAAGAUGCCACGAAGAGAGUCCGCCCGUAGAAGCCAUCCACUUGCGUGCGAGUCAGACAUCAUUGAAACUUUGCACAUGAGACUGAGCUUACUGCAGAUGACAUUUGGCAAACAUAUUGAGAGGAAACACUGCUGUUUCUUCCCAGGAGAGAUAUUAGAUGAGGUGUACAGUAUUUUGUCUUAUUUAAAAACAACAACCAAACUAGCCAGGCCUUACAAAGUAACAGAUGAACUGUUUGACUUGACAACAAUGGCUAUGGAAUAUUUCAAGGAACACAUUGAACCAAAUUUACCAGAAAUUACAUAUUUCGGUACAGACUUCUUUGAUAUCACCACGGCGUUUUCACCCGGCGAAAGCAGUAAGUCUUACAUCUGUCUUGACUCGCCCCCGCCCAGUGGUUUUGAUUCUGCCGCGUCACAACAAGCGGCCAAUUCUAAUGGCGACCGAAGGGUGUCGUCGCUCAACUUGUACAUGGAAGAGAGCUUGCCGCCCUCGCCGCCACCGCCGCAAAGCAACAUGGUGCUCCGGAAACGGAUACACCGCAUUAAACAAGGAAUGAAAAAGUACAACGAUCAACUGUCGGCGUUACGAAGCGACCUGCGUAGCUGUAAACGCAAAACUGCACUUCAACAGAAACAAAUAGCGGAACAGCAGAAACAAAUUGCUGAACAGCAAAAGCAAACGUUAGAAUACGCGAAUCGUCUCGACGAUUACGACAAGAAAAAUGAGGAAACUAGCCGCAAAUUUCAGACUUUGUUACAGGAAUUAAAUAAAUGCAAAACGGAGUUGCAAUAUUGGCGAUCUCGAUCGCCAGCUGUGCCGCCGCUGUGCGCUGAAUGCGGUGCUUCCCUCAGGUUAUCACCGACGUCUUCGUUGGCUCAGUGGGCCGCCGGCACGAGUGCGGAAUCCGUGGAGGGUGAAGUGUCGAUGAACUUGGAGGUCGCCGUUGCGGUGGCCACCGGCGGCGUCACGGAACCUGCCACCGAGGUCAAGGGAGAGACGAAGACAAAAUCGGAGGCGAAGCCCGAUACUAAAUCCAAAUCCGAUUCAAAAUCGGAAACCAAAUUAAAACCGGAUGUAAAACAGGAAACCAAAAGUAAACCGGACAGCAAGUCUGAAGUGAAGUUUAAAGAGUGCAAGGCGGACUCCGGCAACGAGGCGUCAGCCGCCACGCCGCCCAGCCGGCGCCGCGCCUCGGCCGACGCGGGCGGCGCGGCGGGCGGCGCCACGCCCGAGCGCAAGAAGCGCCGCUUCACGCGCCCGCGCAAGCUCUGAGCGACAAGCCGCGCCGCCACAACUACACGUACAGCCACCACACAUCAUGCUUGCGAUUUACGUGAGUCUUCUUUGUUUCUGACUCUUUAAAUACACUCCUGAGUUAUCUGUCCUUUAUACAUUUAAUUUAAAAUGUAAUUUUGUAGCGAGUCUUUAUGGUAGCUACUCUUAGACAUGGAGAAAAUAAUGCUAGAGAAUUACACAAAUUAACAUUAUAAGCAUAUUAAAAGAUUAAAAAAAUAAGUGCAAAAUAUGUACUAAUUAAAUUUUAUUAUUGGUGCAGGAAAUUGUUUCUUUUUUUUUUUGGUUAAUUUUGCAGAUAACUAUUUUUACUAAAAACACUAAAUAUAAUUUUAAAAUAAGAUGGUAAAUUCUUUAAAUAUUUAAGAAUUUUUCAAUAUUGGAUAAUAGUAUCUGCCACAGAGACUCCUAAAAACUCGAGUGAGUAUAAUUAUUAUAGUACAUAUGCAGUGCUUUUUGUCUUUACUCUGGUACAUACCAAAUCGAAAGGAAUAUGACAUGCAACAGAUAAGGGUCAUAGUAAUUAAAUAUCUUAAUUGCCAGUUGUAAGUUACAUUUUUCACGAAAUUAUGCUUAUUUUCCACAUCAUUAAUAAUGUGUGCAAAGGUAUCACCAUAUUUUUUUGACUUUGAACACUGACUCUACUAACUGACAAAACAUACAAUUAGUAUGAUCCUUAAUUAUAUAUAUUAUGUAGUUUUCUUGUCAGAAAUAUCAGUAGCCUCAAACUAAACUAAAAUACAUGACCAUAUCUGAUAACCUGGUCUUAAUCUAUACUGUGGUGUCCCUGCAGUCGUGUCGGUUCCCCAAAUAUUGACUACUAUUAUAUACACUAUAUAUAUAUUAUAUUACCGGCAUUUCAAAUGAACAUGACUGCUUGUCCAGGCGUGAGUCUGGACGACAGAUAUUUUUGCGGUCGCUCAUCUUACAUAAUGGGACGGCAGCAUGCGCAUGCGCCGCAUUUUUAACGAUGUCUGAAUUAUGUAAAGUGACGCUGUUUUAAUAGUUGUCUAGUAGUGCUAUUGAUGUUGUUGGGCGGGAGCAGGGCCUCCUGAUAAACUCGCUUUUGACGCGGGCUCUUGUAGACCAUUAUGGUGAAAGUUUGUUGAGUAAUAUUAUUAUAAACUUUUAUGUACGUACGACGAUCCGCAGCCACUAAACAGUAAUUCACGAGCUCAUACAUAUUUUGUAUUUGCUCAUAUUAUGUAUAUUUAUAUUACAUAUUUGAGGUAUAUAAAUAAGUUAUAUUCAAUUCUAGUAAUCCACUGUUGGUUACUAUUUUAUUCUUUUGUUAAAUUGUACUAAAAAAACUGACUGCAAGUUGUUAGUGUGCUUCAUUUGCAAUCUACAUUAGUAUAUUUUUACAGAAAAAAAAAUAAUUGUUUAACAGAAUAAUAGAGCUAUUUCUCCCUGGCUAUUAGUAUCAUAGAUUAGGAUUUCAUUUGAAAACUAAAUAGUAAAAUUCUUGGCAGGAAAAAUUACUUAUUUUAUAAUCAGAAUAAAAUAAUAUUUUAGCUAAGGUUUCAAAGAAAUAAUGUUUCAGCAAUAUAGAUGUAUAGCAAAAAAAAUAUUAAUAUGAUUAUUUCAACUUGAACAUUUUUAGCAUGUACCCCAACCAUUUAACAUAGUUUAGGGUAACCACAUAAUUUUUUUUUCCAUAAAAUUACCAAUGCAAGUUUUAGUUAUUCUAAACAGCAAAUUUUAUUUAAAAAAAUACAUCAUCUUAAAAUUCCUAAAACAGGUUUAUUACAUAGACCAAGUUUUCUAAUAGGAUUUCUGACAUAUAGGUUAUCGCUUAAUAAUAGAAUGGUAUGUAAAUGCUUAGACAGUUUAUGUGCAAUUUAUUUGUCUGGUAAUGUAAUAAUUAUUAACUUUAUAUGAUACACAAAAAGACCAAAAACACAUAACACCUGUUACAUUGAUUUACAAAGAAGUGUUCGAUAUUAGAUGGUUGAACUAAUAAACGUAUAUAUAAUCCCAAUUACAGUCAUGAAAAAACAUUGUAUAUAUGAAUCAGCAAUAUUAUGUCUUACCAAAGCCAUAAUGAUUUCAUUAGAUAUUUGGAAAUGCUGUCUUAAAAGUGCACCGUUUUCAGAUGUCGCGUCUUUGUGCCACAUGGACAGCACGUUAUUAAGUCCAUUCGCGUUAAGAAAAUAGUGAGUCUUCGUUGUCAAUCAGGCUAGCCACAACUCUAAAAGAAAAAGCUCGCUGGUGGUAGGAUAUAUUUUAUAUCUGCUCGGAUAGCGACCAUCGUAUACAAGGUGUUAAAACCCGCCGUUUCCAACAGGCCGGCAUAAUUGUGUCGACUACCGAGGGGUAAUCAUCUCUCGUCAGUCGACAUUCUAUUGGACCCCCCUCCGCUUACCAUCAGGUGCAGUGGGGUCACUGCCGUGUCCGUUUAAAAAAAUGUAAGUAGCAUAAAAUUGCAGUCAAGUUGAUGUUUUUUAUAAUUGGACUGCCUCUGUGCCGUAGUUGCUGCAAUGCUAAGGUCUCUGGCUCGAUUCCCGGGUGGGGCAAAGUGAUAUUGGGUUUUUGUACUUAGGAUCAGCCGAAAGUUAGAAAUUUGUGCCCAAUAGGCGUGCCCCCCUAUCUCAUCAUGGGACGGAAUACACACUGGAAAGUGGGUGAACUAGUUGCACUUCUUUCUACCCCUUCACGGAUAAAAGGCUUGCUUAUUCAAGUAAUAUUCAAAAUGAAUACCUCACAUAUUCGUCAGCAUAACGCGGUUGUAGGCCGAAAGCUAAGUUAAUUUAGCUUACCUUGCAUAGAUGAGAUGAGAACACUUAGUACAUAGCUGAGUUUACAGUGUUUGUGGUUUGCACGCAAAAAUGAUAAAAUAUUUCGGCUGUGUGAGGUAUGCUAAACAAAAUAAGUUUAGUUUUGGGUCUCCAGUCCGCGUAAAAGGGGUCCAAACUCAUAGCCCAGAAAAACGAGGAAUUUUCAGUGUUUUAAAGUAGACUCGUGAUUUCAAUACUGCCGUGGAAAACAGCGUAGUAAUAACGAUAAGUACAUGCGGUGUGUCCGAAAAUAUUAUAGUUAUUUAAAUUAUAAUUUGAUAAGGUAGCUAAGCACACACAAUCUAUAUUCUCCAAAUUGUCACAAUUAGGUCGUAUGCAUUCACUACGCGUAAAUAACAAAUACAAGCUGCCUUUUUUUCUUACUAGUUUAAGUCCGUCAAUUUGUAUAACACGAACACAAAAUCUUUUUAAAUAUAUAUCUUGUUGAAUAUUUUCUUUCUUGGAAUACAUUUAAUUUAUCCUUCAGGGUCCGAAUACUGAUGAGUCACUUUUUUCUUAUCGCGAAUGGAUUAUAAACGAAAGUUGCUCGGUCGCAUAUUACGAAUCUACUGUUGCUUAGUGAAUUCAUGAAAUAGUUUACAGAAUUUAGCUAUGUAUGUAUAUAGGUUCUGAUAAUUGGUUGGGUCACAUUGCAUUAUGUUCAUGCACUACAUAUUUCAUACCUGUAAAAUAUGCGGCCGCGAAAACCAGAAUGGCGUAACUAUAGUGCAAUGAAAAUAUUGAACAAAGUUGAAAUUACAAUGAUGAUAAAAACAUCUAUUAUCAACUUUCAUGGAGAUGAAGCGAUAGUUAUUUAUUUAGAUUCGCAUUUAGUGUAUGGAUAUCAGCAAAUUAAAGGAUUUGCAUCAAGUACGUUUUCGAAAAUGUUAUAAAGAAAUAAAAUAAUAAAAUAUCAAUUUUGGUUCUCGCGGCGUAAUAAUACUUAGUGUGCAUUUGUAUGGCACACGUUUAUACUGUCUCACGAUACUAAUCUCAAUACGUUUUUGACUUAUAGGAUUUAUGUUCCAUGUAUACACUUUUGUGUUCUAUUAUUUUGUCUGUUGGCAAUGGAUAAUAAAUAAACAUGCUAUGCAAGUAAUGUUCAGGGCAGUAUUCAAAUACCAAAUGGCUAGAUAGAUUUCUUUAUGAUGAAAUAUAUUGUAAAUUAUAAAACAGUUAAUUGAUUUCGUGCUGGUCAAUGCUGCAGGUGUCAUUGAAGUGAAUAAAAUAUAAUGAAUUAUAUCCAUAUAUCCACUGAUGAAAUUGUAGAGAAGCCGAACAUGUAUCAGUAUAAAAAUGCAUAAUUUAUCAAAUAUAAGUUUUUGUUCACUUCAAAGAUUCGUUAGUUAUUUUGACUAUAAAGUAGGUUUGAAGUAAAUAAUUCUAUUUUAAUACUUAUCACACCACUUGUAUAAUUAAAUAAAAGUAUUUAUUAAUAACAGUGUUGUGGCGAAUUACUAUGCUUAGCACGAUUAGUUUUAUUUAAUUUAGGUUUUACAGCCCUGAUUAUUUUCAUUGAUUUUAAGAAGCGUAGGUUUUAAAACUUUGUGAAUAGAGGUGAAGGUUGAAAUGUUGUGUUUAUUUGUAAAUAUUCUAAUUCUAAAAUGACAUGUGUAAUGUACAAAUGAAUAUAUUUAUGAUUGUAUAAAUAUAAAGCCGUGUAAAUGUAAUAUUUAGUGACAUGGUGCUUGUUAGGCACGGUGUGACGUCCGCGGUGUUGGAGACGCGCUCGCUCCGCUCACGGCUCGGCUCGCUGGGCUUCACACAGUUCUUGCAUCAUGUCACGCAACAAUCUACAAACAUAUCAACCAAAUUCAUCGAGUCAUAGCCAGCAGGUUACCCACAAUAUAGAUACGUAGUUCACUAUUGUAUUCUGAUUGAAUACGCACAAUUUUUAUGUCAUAUUUAUAUUUUUUUAAUAUUUACAUAUAGAUUUGAUCACAUAUUACUUCAGUUUGUGAGUCAUUCACCUUUAAUUAUAGGAUUUAUUCACACGUCUUAUGUACAUAAUUCACUUGUGUUGCUAGGAUGAUUUAAUUUGUGAAUUUCAUAAACACUCUGUACCGUUCGGUUGACUUAGGUCUUAGACCAUUUGACAUUGAGAUAAGACUUAAUUUAGUUGCUUCUCCAUGUUACACAAUAAAAUUGCAUGUGGGCAAAGGUGAAUAUCCAUAUAUAAGAAAUUGGAAAAUAAAGAAAUACACGGCUUUAAACUGUCAUAUGAGAAGGUACUCUACAACGUAAGUCAUUGAUCGAAAUAAAAGUCUUGACAAUAUUAUUGCUCUUAAAUAAUGUAGUUAUGAUGUGUGAAAAGUGUACUAUUCUUCUACAGUUAUUUAUAUUUUCAUACUAUAUCACGAUUAUUUUAACAUUCAUAAUAAUGUAUAAACUACUUUUUUAUUCAACGCUUCGUUAUUACAAUAUUUAUUAAAUACGUUUUUGAAUCUAAGUUCAAUCGAACUGUGCAAUUUAUUUAUUCGUCUCACGCCACGAAGGUUUCUAAGUUCCAAGUUAAUAAUAAAUAAUGUUUAUGUAUAGAUUAAUAGUUACUUUAUAUUGCGUAACGCAAUUAAUAUUGUGUGGUAGUUUCUGUGUAUUUGUGUAAAUUUGAUCUCGGGCAUGUUUCUCAGGUACGAAGGUUUGUAAUGCUUCGUCUACUUGGACAAUAAGAAUACUAGUUACCAUAUGUCUGCCAGAUCCGCCACAGCAGCGCACGUGCAUCGGAAUUUGUUCGACAUUCAAGUUUAUGUAACAUAUAAAAUGGUUUUCGGUCAUUGUCGAAAUUAAAACAAACUUUGUAUGAAGAACAGAAAAGUAUUGAUGCAUGGUCGCAGUAUGGCAAAGCAAAGCUCUAUAGAUAUCUUUGCGAUGUUAUAUUCAUGUAUAUAGUUUGAUUGUACAUACUAUGUAUGCUGUGUGUAGAGCUGUAGAUUGUUACACAUGCUUAGAAAUGUAAGACAUAUUAAAGAAUUCAAAGAAGUACACAGAUUUUUUUAAAUAUAGCUGUAAUUUGUGGGAUACAGAAUCUGAGAGGUUCACUGUGUAUGUUACAUUUAAGACGUGCCUGUCAAUGCCGUGGAGGGAAGUUGCGAUGCCUUUGUACGAUUCGUAUAUUUAUAUGACAGGAACGAAUUGUUGUCGGUGCAAUUGUGUACAUAUAAAACUAAUAUUGUAAUGAUGGCUAUGAUUUUCAACGGUCUAUAACGAUGGAUAAUGCAUCUGUUUCAAUUCCUUACAUGAUAAAGUACUAUUUGUCUUUUAUUUAUUUCAAAAUGUAUUAAAGGUGAAUGUUGCAAAUGCGUUUGAAUAAUAAUAUUAUUUAGCCAAUUUAUUUUAGAUACGUUGUGUACAUAAUAACAUACUUAGUUUUAAGUAGUCCACUUGAAAUCAUUUUCCGAUGUGCAUGUCGAGCUUUCUAUUAUAAAUGAAUAUUAUUAAUCCCCUAAGAAUGGGCCAUGUCUUGUUACAAAAGAUUAAAAUGUAUUUUAUUGUUAAUUAUCUUUUAUUAUCAUUUCUGUCAAGUUUAUAUUGUGAAAUUUCUUUGGCAAUGUUCUAUUGUGAGAUAGAGUAGUUUUGUACAAAAUUCUACUAAAUAUUUGUACCUACCUAUAAGGAUGAUUUAAAUAUGUAUCUUGUGAUAAUAAAUAACAGUUGAGUAAAACAUUUCAUAAAUGUAUUGUAGAGCUUAAUGAAUUGAGCAUAGUUACUAAUGUUGAUCAAGAAAAAUCAUAUUUGUGCCUAAAUCACUUGAGUACUUAACCUAUUUCACUGAAAUGUAUUAUUGGCAUGAAAGAAAUUGUACAGUCGGACACAGUACCUGGAAUAUUGUGACUCUGAAUCUGUGGGAAUGUGCAGUCUCAUUGUGACACGUACUCUUCAUACACGAACGUGUGAACAGUUCUCGCAAUGAAGGCGCAGGACUCCGUACUAUGGCCUAGAUACCUUCACCAAAUAGGUCUUGUAAAGAUAUAUUUAGAUAUUUUUAUUUCUUUUGCAUAUAAUAAUUUUAAAAUUGUUAAGAUUCCGGGUCACACUUCAACUAAAGAAUGAGUAAAGCUUUAGAAAUUGAAAAUAUGAGCUCACAACAUGCAUCAACUUGUGGCAGUAACAAUAUAAUAAAUGUUAACUUCCUCUACACCCAAUAUUUCUUUAACCUUCAUUAAUCAUUUUCACUUGGUAGUGCAAUACGAAAAUAUAUCCAUUCAAUGGUGUUAUUUUGAAUAAAUGUGCAGUUUUUAUUACUCGAAACUUAAAUAGAUGAUGUAGGGCUGUAAAUUAAGGUUUAAAUAAUUUUGUUAGUAAAGAAAAACAUUUUCAAGUGCAGUAAAAGGGUAUGGGUAUCAUAUUAUGCUCUGGCAAGUGCGUACACAACCAGCAACACUGUCAAUUGCUGUAGAUAUCCCUUUAUAAUAGUAAUAUGAUAUAGUAUUUUUAUUAGACAAAAAUACAAUAAAUGUGUGAAGUCCAAA